AUGUUUGGUCAUCAUCAUCAUCAUCAUCAUUUUCUUAGAGACUUAUUCGGUGGCGGUGGUGGUGGUUUUGGCGGAGGCCCAGGAGGCUUCGGUGGUGGACCAGGUGGUUUUGGUGGUGGUGGUUUUGGUGGAGGCCCAGGAGGCUUUGGUAGCGGUGGCCCUGGAGGCUUCGGCGGUGGCGGUUUUGGUGGAGGCCCAGGAGGCUUCGGUGGUGGCGGUUUUGGCGGUGGUCCAGGAGGCUUUGGUGGAGGUGGCCCUGGAGGCUUCGGUGGUGGUGGUUUUGGUGGCGGCCCUGGAGGAUUUUUUUAA